AUCUAAGAGAGCUUUAUAGACCUCUCAGAGUUUAAUAAAAAAGAAGAAGGAGAAGAGAGACUCUGAAGAUGGCCAACACUCCAGAAGAUUCUCCCCUGGCACGAGAGGAUGGGAUGGGCAGCGAUGAGAACCUCGUCCCGCGUGUGGUGUCCAGAGGGGGCUCCAACAGCCGUGCUUUUAAGAUCGCCGGCCUGACCACCCUGGCAUGCCUGCUGCUGGCCAGCCAGGUCUUCACCGCCUACAUGGUGUACAAUCAGAAGCAGCAGAUCCACACCCUGCAGAAGAACUCAGAGAGAAUGGGGAAGCAGCUCACUCGUGCAUCCCAGGUCGUGGCUCCAGCGAGGAUGGCCAUGCCAAUGAACAGCCUGUCUCUGGUGUCAGACUUCAGUGAAGAUGCCAAGACUCCUUUGAUUAAACUGCAGGAUACAGCUGUGGUCAGCGUGGAGAAGCAGCUGAUGGAUCUCAUGCAGGAUGUCAGUCUGCCAAAGUUCAAUGAGACCUUCCUGGCCAACCUGCAGACCCUGAGGCAGCAGAUCAAUGAGAGCGAGUGGCAGACCUUUGAGUCUUGGAUGCGCAAUUGGCUGAUCUUCCAGAUGGCUCAGAAGACGCCUCCAGCUCCAACUCCCCAGCCAGCAUCUAUGAUCAAGACCAAAUGCCAGCUGGAGGCUUCACCGGACACCAUCAGCAAGAUCGGCUCGUACAAGCCUCAGUGUGACGAGCAGGGCAAGUACAAGCCCAUGCAGUGCUGGCACGCCACCGGAUACUGCUGGUGUGUGGACGAGUCCGGCAACCCCAUCGAGGGCACCACCAUGCGCGGCCGCCCUGACUGCCGUCGAGGCUUUGCUCCUUACCGUAGAAUGGUUGCACCCAGAAUGAUGCAGAGGACUUAUCUUGAAGAUGAUGCUCUCAAAAAAGACGAGUGAAUGAAGCUGAGCUGAGCCGAAGCGAGGAGUUUCUUCUCCUGAUCCAGUCUUUGCAGAACUGUAUAUUCUAUUAUUGUAAAUCUGAGGCAGAUCUAACAAUUUCGCAGUUCAAAUCACCAGUACGCCACCU